GAGCCGCAGGGCGCUGGGAGGGCACUGAGAGGUGGCGUUCACGAAGGCGCGGGCUGGGGAGAGCUCCGGGGCAAAGCUCCAGGGCGGCCUGCGUGACGGUGGAGGUGAAGUGGCCGCCGGCAGGCAGACGUGGCGCGCGGAAACCGGAUCCGAGAAGGGGGAGCCCGGGUGUGUGCACCUGCGUGGCCCGGGAGCGGACAGAUGCCUCCAGUGGCUGAGACCAGGCUGAGCAGAAGCCAGGAGCUUGGAACUCACUUCAGAACUUCAGAACACGUGCCCCUCUCAGGAAGCCCACGGUGAGCCACGUGUACUGUCUGCUCCCAGCUCAUGCAUUCCUCCAGUCUUGGUAACUGGAAUGCUUAAUGUUUUGUCUGUUCAAGGCUCAAAACCAUCAGCAGUGGGGCAGGAAGCAGAGUUAUGGACCUCGUGAUGUGUCAAGGUGAACCUGGGAAGGCAGUGAGCUCUUGACUGUGUUGCUGUUCUGAGUUAGCGGUUACCACGAGGAACCUGAAAUCCAUCACUGAGGAUUGCAAAGCUUUCAUUAGACAUAUUAAGAUCCCAAACUUCGAAAGGAGAUCAGACACCAAAGACCAUGAUCCCAGAGCAUCGCCCACAUGGGUGGGGUGCUCUGGCCAGUCUAAGCCACUUAGCAUGAGGCCACUGGACUUCAUAUCCACUAGGUCAAGUUCCGGAUCAGUGAGACAGAUGACCUGGGAUCCAUCAGGCUCGGGAAAGACCUCCAGCUGCCCACCGCUUGUUGCCUGUCUUCCUCUGCUAGUUAAGCCCUGAGGUCUCUCUCCUGGGACUGGAUGGCUCACAGGAGAGCAUUCCAGGAGCAUGACGUGGCUGUGCAGGCAGGACAGCUGUGAGAGAAGGAGCCACAGGUGUGCAGGUGUGCAGGAAGGCAGAGCCACUUAGCAUGUCCCCACCAAACCAGUCAGCACAAAGCCUAUCCCAGGAGGCUGGCAACAGAUCCUUGAACACCACUGGAACCCUAGAGGCCUGGGACCCAGGGAUCCUCCUGGCACUGAAGAUCUCCCUGGCUGUGAUCCUGUCCAUCAUCACGGUGGCCACGGUCCUCUCCAAUGCCUUUGUGCUCACCACCAUCCUACUCACCAGGAAGCUCCACACACCUGCCAACUAUCUCAUUGGCUCCUUGGCCACCACCGACCUCCUGGUUUCCAUUUUGGUCAUGCCCAUCAGCAUUGCCUAUACUGUCACCCGCACCUGGAACUUUGGCCAAGUCCUGUGUGACAUCUGGGUGUCUUCAGACAUCACGUGCUGCACAGCCUCCAUCCUGCAUCUCUGUGUCAUCGCCCUGGACAGAUACUGGGCCAUCACGGAUGCCCUGGAGUACAGCAAGCGCCGGACGGCAAGCCACGCAGCCGUCAUGAUCGCCGUGGUCUGGGUCAUCUCCAUCUGCAUCUCUGUGCCACCGCUCUUCUGGCGGCAGGCCAGCGCCCACGGGGAGGUGUCCAACUGCCUGGUGAAUACCUCCCAGAUCUCCUACACCAUCUACUCCACCUGUGGGGCCUUCUACAUCCCCUCCCUGCUGCUCAUCAUCCUCUACGGCCGCAUCUAUGUGGCAGCGCGCAGCCGCAUCCUCAAUCCACCCUCCCUGCACGGGAAGCGCUUCACCACGGCCCACCUCAUCACGGGCUCAGCCAGCUCCUCACUCUGCUCCCUCGGUCCCAGCCUCCACGAGGGACACUCGCACACAGCUGGCUCCCCGCUCUUUUUCAACCAGGUGAGGAUCAGGCUUGCGGACAGCGUCCUGGAACGCAAGCGGAUUUCAGCGGCUCGCGAGAGGAGAGCCACCAAGACCCUGGGCAUCAUUCUGGGGGCCUUUAUCAUCUGCUGGCUGCCCUUCUUCGUGGCUUCCCUGGUUCUCCCCAUCUGCAGGGACUCUUGCUGGAUGCCGCAGGCCCUCUUUGACUUCUUCACCUGGCUGGGCUACUUAAACUCCCUCAUCAACCCUGUCAUCUACACCAUAUUUAACGAGGAUUUUCGACAAGCAUUUCAGAAAGUGGUCCACUUCCGGAAAGCCUUCUAGUCGCCCUCAUUGGGGUUGCCUUGCCUGUCCUGUCCUUCACUGGGUUGCUGCUUUAUGUUUCCCUCCAAGCCUUGGGUCUACUCUUGACCUCUUGGGUUCUUGGCGUGAGCUAAAGGUGGUCCGCUGGUUUUCGAUGUGUCCUCCUGACUUCUGGGUGCCUCCAAGCCAGUGGCUGGUUGAGGAUUUUACAAAGUGUUAUAUGUUAAUGAUUCCUCAACUGAGUGACCUGUGGGAUCCUUGUUGAUGCCAUACAGGUGAGAGGCCCUGUGGAACAGACCAAGGCUCCAAAGGAAGGGUUUCUAGUCCCAGGAGGGUGGGGAAUGACCUGAAUUGAAACAGAAUUUGGAGCCUAGAUGCAGGUACCUCUGUUUCUCAUAACAUCUUUGGAAACUAAUACCCAGGGAUAUUUCCCAUGGAAUGCUGCUAACCUUGAACAGGUGUUCGUGAGGAGACAGACAAUGUUUCAGGUGACGGUGACUCCGAGUGACCUGGAAAGGUUCAGAGUCCAGCAGCAGGCAGCUGGCACUGGGGGCCGCUCCACUAUCCUGCAUGCUGCCUUCCUCCCAGCAGCUUUGCGCUGACUUCAUGUUCUGCGGUUAAAUCCCACGUCCACCCUCAUUGAAAAAGAAAUGACAGGCUUUAGACCUGCCAAACCAUGGGAC